GAAGUGGAUCCUGCUUUCAUUAUCCAGAAAAAGUUGACGAGUCACCGGCGUGAAGACUGAAUAAUUACAAACAAUUUCCACAAUGCCUGUCACAGAUCCGAACAAAAUUACUAAAGUAGUCGUUCACCCAUUAGUUCUUCUGAGUGUGGUCGACCAUUUUAAUCGAAUGGGAAAGGUUGGAAACGCAAAACGAGUGGUCGGUGUAUUGUUAGGAUCAAACAGACAAGGAAUUUUGGAUGUUUCAAAUAGUUUUGCAGUACCCUUCGAUGAAGAUGAUAAAGACAAAACAGUCUGGUUUUUGGAUCAUGACUACCUAGAGAGCAUGUAUAGCAUGUUCAAGAAAGUUAAUGCUCGUGAGCGAAUUGUGGGAUGGUAUCACACAGGCCCCAAGCUUCACCAAAAUGAUGUUGCUAUCAAUGAACUCCUCAGGAAAUAUUGUCCAAACUCUGUUUUGGUGGUCAUCGAUGCAAAACCGAAAGACCUUGGACUGCCCACAGAAGCCUACAUAGCAGUGGAAGAAGUGCAUGAUGAUGGCACACCCACCACAAAAACCUUUGACCAUGUCCCCAGCGAGAUCGGAGCAGAAGAGGCUGAGGAGGUUGGAGUGGAACAUCUAUUGAGGGACAUUAAGGAUACAACAGUAGGAUCUCUCUCACAGCGGAUCACAAACCAGCUGAUGGGUCUGAAAGGUCUCCACGCCCACGUCAACGACAUCAACAGCUAUCUACAGAAAGUGACGUCUAAACAGCUCCCUGUCAACCACCAGAUCAUCUAUCAACUGCAAGAUGUGUUCAACCUCCUCCCCGACGUUAACCUCCAGGACUUUGUGAAAUCAGUGUACGUGAAAACCAAUGAUCAAAUGCUGGUUGUGUACUUGGCUUCUCUUAUUCGAUCGAUCAUCGCACUACAUAAUCUCAUCAGUAAUAAAAUUCAGAACCGGGACGCAGAGAAAAACGAGGGUAAAGACCUAGUGAAAGAAAAGAAGAAAGAGACAAAGGAAGCAGAAAAGAAAGAUGGAGAGAAAGAAUCCGAUAAAAAAGAGACAGCUAAAACUGCUAAGAAAUAGAAGACAGUGAUUUCGAACGCAAAUUAAACAUUACACUACAAACUGUGAAAUUUGAAUCUUAAGAUUCCCAAAAAUGAAGAACUUGAGAUUUAGCUAAUUUUUUGCUAUUUGUUAUUGGAAACCUUGAAAUUAGCUCACCAAGAGGAAGUUCAGGAAUAUGCUAUAACCCCUGCACUUGCAUCUGAUUAAAUUUUUGAAGCAGG